CAAAGCCUCUUGCCCUCUGAACAAAGGGCAGAGUUUAGAGAGGAUAAAGCUGUGGCCUGCUGCGAGUAGCAUUGCAGCAAAAAGCCAUUAAAGCCAGAGGAGCUGCAGCGAGAUUAGCACUGCAGCAGCAGCAAUGGCCACCAGCAGCGCCGUCAAGUGCGCCCUGAAGAACGGCGUCGCCGUGCUGCAGAUCAGCUCGCCGCCGGUGAACGCGCUCGGCGCGGCCGUGCGCGCGGGCCUCGUCGCCGGCGUCGAGCACGCGAUCGGCGCGUCGGCGACGGGCCUCGUCGUCGCGGGCGGCGGGUCCACGUUCCCGGCCGGCGCCGACAUCACGGAGUUCUCGAAGCCGCACUUGCCGCCCUCCUUCGCCGAGGUCAUGGCCGCCUUCGAGGACGCGCCGUUCCCCACCGCGGCGGCAAUCCAUGGGACAGCGCUCGGCGGCGGCUUUGAGCUCGCUAUGGCCUGUCACUACCGCGCGAUGGGCGAGCGGGCGCGCGUCGGCCUGCCCGAGGUCCAUCUAGGGCUCCUCCCGGGCGCGGGCGGCACGCAGCGGCUGCCGCGGCUCGUCGGCGCCGACGCGGCCCUGGAGAUGAUGCUGACGGGCGCGCCGAUCGGCGCGGAGCGGGCGCUCGCCCUCGGCGCCGUCGACGUCGUCGUUCCCGAGGCCGGCCUCGAGGCCGCGGCCGUCGAGCUCGUGACGACGCGCGCGGCCCGGCGUGCGCACGCGGUCGUCGUCGACGGCUUCCGCGACGCCGCGAAGCGCGCGGCGCUCGAGGCGCGGGCGGCGCUGCCGGCGCCGCGGGCGAUCCUGCGCUGCGUCGACGCCGCCGUGGGCUCGGAGCUCGCGGCGGGCCUGGAGGUCGAGGGCCGCGAGUUCCAGGCGCUCAAGGCGACGCCCGAGGCGCGCGCGCUCCAGCACCUCUUCUUCGCCGAGCGCGCCUGCGCGAAGGUGCCCGGCGUCGACGCCAAGGGCGCGGCGCCGCUCGACGCGGUGGGCGUCGUCGGCGGCGGCACGAUGGGCCGCGGCAUCGCCAUGUGCUUCCUCGACGCGGGGCUGCCGGUCACGCUCGUCGACGUCGAUGACACCGCGGCGGCGGCGGCGGCGGCGGGCAUCGACGCGACGUACCGGCGGUCCUCGGCCUUCAAGAAGGGGCGGCUCACCGAGGCGGUGCUGGCGGCGAAGCUCGAGAAGCUCGCCGUCGCGAGCGACGUGGCCGCGCUGGCCGACGCCGACCUCGUCGUCGAGGCGAUCUACGAGGACCUCGACGCGAAGCGGGCCGUCUUCGCGCGGCUCGACGGCGCGUGCAAGCCGACCGCGGUCCUCGCGUCGAACACGUCGACGCUUUCCAUCGACGCGAUCGCGGACGCCGUCGCGGACCCGACGCGCGUCGUCGGCACCUGUGUGGAUUUCAACCAGUGUGUCGGGUGCACCCGACAAUUCUUCACUAACUCAUUUCUCGGCGCGACGAUUCAGCACGAACGCGCCGUAAAAUUUGAUUUCCACACAGGUCGGCACGCACUUUUUUUCGCCCGCGAACGUCAUGAAGCUCCUCGAGAACGUGCGCGGCGCGCGGACGGGCGACGGCGCCGUCGCGGCGGCGAUGGCGCUGGGGAAGCGGCUCCGGAAGACUACCGUGCUGGCCGGCGACGCGUUCGGCUUCAUCGGCAACCGCAUGCUCGAGCCGUACGGCCGCGAGUGCCUGGCGCUCCUGCGGCACCGCGACGUCGGUGUUUCAAACGUCGACGCGGCGCUGCGGGACUUUGGCAUGGCCAUGGGCGCGUUUGCCGAGUCCUAAUCUUCCGCGGCGGCGUGCGCCCACGACCGCGUCGCGACGAUGCGACAUUUUCGUCCGCGCAGGCUUCUUCGCGAUGUCCGACCUCGCGGGGAAUGACAUCGGCUACGCCGUCCGGACUUCGCUGGGCCUCACGGACGCGGCGACGCGCGACCCCGCGGUAGAGUACUCGGCAGACGUGGCGGAUGCCUUAGUCGAGGCCGGUCGGCUGGGCCAGAAGGCGGGCAAGGGCUGGUAUUUGUAUGAGCAGCCGCGCGUGCCGUCGCCCGACCCGGCCGUCGACGCUCUCGUUUCGCAGUUCAAGGACGGGUCCCCGAGCGUCGGUGCCGAGGAUAUCCUCGACCGCGCGCUCCUGGCGCUCGUGAAUGAAGGGUUUAGAGUUCUAGAGGAGGGCCUCGCCUUGCGGCCGUCGGACCUCGACGUCGUGUGGACCUCGGGCUACGGCUUCCCGCGGCACAAGGGGGGCCCGAUGCAGUGGGCCGAGGAGCGGGGCCUGCGCGAGUGCCGCGCGACGCUGGAACGGCUCGCCGCGGAACGGCCCGACGUCCCGUAUUUACGUCCCGCGAAGCUGCUCGUCGCGUUGGCCGACGCGGACGCGCCGCUCGCGGACUGGGAGAAGUACGUUUAGUAAGUAUUCUACAGAUGUGGUACUGUACACGGGUUUUUGCAUGGAACGCAAGGUGUGCUGUGUGAAUUGCGUGACCUCCGUCAUCCAUUAAUUGCUCAUUAGUUAUUUAUUUUGCGGCUGAUACAGGCAGGUCAGCUGACGCGCUACCUGCCCCCGGACAGUAUACUGUGUUGGCCUGGCCAGUAAACCUGUGGUCAGCGGGCGCCUAGGCGACGUAAGAAACCAGAACCCGAGCAUGGCCAGAGCCGUUGAAACAAAGCGCCCUAACCCCUGCGGUCUACUGGUGGGCAAGAUCCAAAAUAUAGCCGGCGUCUGCACUGGUGUCGUGUUG